GGCGGUACCGAUGUGCUACACUGCAAACAAGAGCGACCGGAGCACCGGAGGAUGGAGGAGCAGACGAACCGCAGCAGCACGCGGAAGAAGAUAUGAUGUUUUAGGAGCAGUGCGGGCUCGGGGAGGCUGAACUUGUCGUUUUGGCCACUUUUGGUCACCAAAUAGAAAGAUGGCGCCGUCGGGCUCACGCAGCGUUGACUGCUGGAGAGUUUUAUACUGGAUCCCCGUGCUGUUCAUCAGUCUGAUCGUGGCAUGGUCCUACUACGCUUAUGUAGUGCAGCUCUGCAUAGAAACUAUCGAAAACUUGGGAGAGAAAAUAGUUUACCUCCUGGUAUAUCAUGUGCUUUUCAUCAUGUUCGUGUGGUCAUACUGGCAAACAAUCUUCACAAAACCUAUGAACCCGCUCAAAGAGUUCCACCUGUCACAUUCUGACAAAGAGCUAUUAGAGCGUGAAGAUCGGAGAGAAUCGCAACAGGAGAUCUUGAGGAGAAUUGCUAAGGAUUUGCCCAUUUACACACGCACAAUGUCUGGAGCUAUCCGCUACUGUGAUCGCUGUCUGCUGCUGAAGCCUGAUCGAUGUCAUCAUUGCUCUGCCUGUGAUAUGUGCAUUUUAAAGAUGGAUCACCAUUGUCCGUGGGUAAACAAUUGUGUGGGCUUCGCCAACUACAAGUUUUUCAUGCUCUUCCUAGCAUAUUCUUUGUUGUAUUGCCUCUUUGUCACUGCCACGGACUUGCAGUAUUUCAUUCAGUUCUGGACUAACGGUCUGCCCGAUACCCAAGCCAAGUUUCACAUCAUGUUCCUGUUUUUCGCUGCCUCCACGUUCUCAGUGAGCCUAGCGUUUUUGUUUGCUUAUCACUGCUGGCUUGUCUGCAAGAACAGAUCCACCUUGGAGGCUUUUAGAGCUCCUGCGUUCCAGCAUGGACCAGAUAAGAACGGCUUCAGUUUAGGAACAAACAAGAACUUUCGCCAGGUUUUUGGAGAUGAAAAAAAAUACUGGCUGUUGCCUGUUUUUUCAAGUCUGGGCGACGGCUGUUCAUUCCCCACAUGUCUAGUGAAUGCAGACCCCGAACAACCCUCCUCACCCUCUGGACGCAACCCUUCAAUCAAAAGUGCUGGAGAAUCCCAUCAGUUUCCACCUAAACCUCUGAGAGAGUCUCAGAGCCGCCUGCUGAACAAUGGACAGUCAGAGGGAAGUGAAGACAGAGACAAGCGAGGUACAAGCAACCCAGCCUUGACUAUUGAGAAAGAAACUUAGGAGCAUGUUAAUGGAACAGGAGUUUUGUGCUAGUGAUAUCUGUUGUCAGCGGAACAGUGAGGACGUCUCCGCUGCUCUUGCACAGACUUGCACUGCCCAUCUACUCUCUACCUAAUGAAUUGUGAUCCUUCACAAGAGCUGACAGUGCAGUAUUAUGGUGUGUACUGUACAUACAUGAAGGGCCGCGGAGUUUCUCGUCCUCCUUGCAAACCGUAUGGCUAUCUUAACGUGCCUAAAGAAGCCCACAGAUGCGGCUGAACGUUUGGUAAAAUUACCGUGGUUCCUGCAAGACCCACAUUUUUAAAAACGUAGAAGUUUGCCUUGAAUAUAGCUUGCGUGGUGUAGGCAGUGCUGAAGAAGGUGGCGUUUUUGUUAGUCUGCGAAACGUUAAGUAUUUAUGCAUGCUGUGUGAUGGUGGUACAUAGUCGUUUGUCAUGUUUGAAAUGUGAACACUGAAAAGCCCAAGUGCUUUUGCACUACAACUAAUUGUACCCUGUUUUUUGAUCCUGCAUUGUUGAAAUGCAGCAACAUCUCUUAUUUUAAUAAUGCAUUCACACAUCGUAACUAUAAUCAGUUUUAUUUGACAAAGUGUCAGGGAGGAUCUUGUCCAUCACACUUAAGUCUGGAUCCCAGCUGUCAAGGUCAUACACAGGCAAAAUGACUGAUGUAGCAAAUAUUUCAGGCCAUUUUUAGCGCUGGAUAUUCAGACAAAACACUGUCUAUUCAAGUUUCUACCUGACAAGCACAGGGAAGACAAAAAUGUAUAUGCACUUUGAAAAGCGCUUAAAGCUGCACAUUAUUUCUUUUUCUAAACCGUCUUUGACUUGACGGUUCUGUCAAAUAAAGUAUGCAAGGAUAUUGUGUUAACUUCAUAUGUUAUACUGCAACAGCAGAGAAUAUUUCACAAUUAAAAGUCAAAAAUGAUUAUUUUAAACAUACUUUUCAUAACCCUGUUUGCACAAUUAAUGCAAAACUCAAAGAUGUGGUUUUGUAUCACAUCUGAUUUAUCUAAGGGCUCUAAUAAUGUACUUACGACCAUAUUUCUUAUCUCCGUUUGAUUCAAGUUAUUGCAUGUAAAUGUACUUGUACUUGAUUUUGACUGAGGUGUAAACAAAACCUCAGAAAUGCCAAGACUUGUGGUGUGUUGUCUGUUUUGUAGUUUUUAUGGAGAUGUCUGUUGUUUAUUUUGUGAUUAGGUUCACACACCACAUUAAAAAUAAAAACUGUGAUACGAGAUUUCUACUGGUUCUUGCUUUUGUGUACGUAGACCAGCCGAUUGUUGUUGCUGCUUUUGUUCUCUUUGAGAGUAUGUGAAAUUCUGCUAGCUAUCUGCGUGUUGGUAGCUUAAUGUGUUUUCAUAUAAAGUCAGACUCCGUAUGAUAAUGCCAUUGAAUGAUAUGCCUUGAUGAGUUACUGUAAGAGAAAUAAAGUGAUAUUUUAUUAAGUGGUAUAGUGUUGUUCUGGUAUUGUUUCAAUCUAACA